ACAACAGCAACAACAACAGCAACAGCAACAACAACAAUCUCAAUCAAAACAGCAGCAGCAACAAAACAAUAACAACAACAAAACAAAAACGCAAAAGCAGAAGUUACAGCAAAAGCCAUCAUCGCAAAAGUUAACUGUAGGUUGACGUUUCGAAACCAGCUCGAUGAAUAAAGUUCUUGAAAGAAUACAGCAGUUGUCCAUGAAGAAUCAGCCAAGAAAAAUCAGCCAAAAAGAAUCAGCCGAAAGAAAAGCCUGUGAUCCAGACAUAUUGCUGUUGUAGCAUGUUGCUGUAAUGUUGCUUGAAGAUAUCACCUGCCAUUUCCAAUAUAUUUGAUGAAAUUUAUUGAAGAAAACAAAAACGAUUUAUUGUCGUUGUUACAGUAUAAUACUAAGGAUACCCGCAUUGUCAAAAGGUUUUUAGAAAUAAACUGGACGGAGAAAGAAAAAAAAUGCAGGUGUUGAUAUUGAAGAGGUAAAGGAAAAAUACACAAGAAGCAGCACACAGAAAUCUUUUUGGCAGAGGAUUGAUUUGGGUUGUUAUCUUACGCUAGAGAAAACAAACUACUUGCAUUUACGACCUUUUCCCGGGAGCCAUAAGGAGAUGCAGAAAAAAGCGAAACUUAACGGAGGAAAUGGAGGCUCCGAAACAGAAGCAAGUUUGGAAGCAAAUACAAAUGUUGCCAUAAUGAACAAGCAUGACUCCGAACAGAAAAGUCAUAUUCUGAAAGAUAUCGAUUCCUUGACAAUCCAUGGCCUGCCGAAAGUGUUUUCAUCAAAAACGUACAUUUCAAGGAUUAUCUGGCUGGUUAUUUGCCUCUCUGCUCUCGUAUUUCUUGUCAUUACGGCAACAAAAAGCCUUAUCAAGUAUUACAGACACGAAGUCUUCAUUGCAGUGGGUACAAAACCUACCACCCACAUGCAUCUACCUGCAGUCACAUUCUGCCAUACAAAUUACUUCAAGCCAAGGCUUUAUGACGAAGAGGCACCAGUGUUUCAGCAUUUUCCAAAAAAUUGUAGUUUCAUAGACGACAAAUAUUUUGUGAAUGACAUGAACAAACAUAUGUUUUACUUUGCCUGCAGAUUGUUCAUCGGCACACUUGAUGCAAAAACAUCAGGAGUUGGUCAGGAUUCGCCAGAAUACUUUCGUUUCCCAGACAAAUUUUCACUUCUUCCAAACAUUUAUCCGUGUUUCACGCUCAACAGGAAUUCGACACUUAAACAAAAUGCCAGCGGUGAAAAAUACGGUUUGCACAUGAUCCUUCACAACGAAGAAAUAAUCGAUAAAGAAUUCACUUAUGCAAAAAAUGACCAGCCACUUACAGAGAGGCGCCAAGGAGUAAUUGUACAUAUACACGAUCCAAAGCAACAUGUCCCUAUUUCUGAUGGAAUUCCCAUCCCAGAAGGAUUUCAUACACAUGUUGCCAUAAGAAGAAGAAUUAUAAAACUCAAACCCAGCCCUUACCCGUCGAAAUGCGUUCGAGGGGACGAACAAGACAAAGAGAGCAUAUAUCCUGGCAAGAACACUCAAAUGCAAUGUUACAGUUCGUGCUUCUUCAAACAAACCUAUAAACAAUGCCCUGGUGUAUUUUUAGAGAUGCGAGGCUUCAUGGGCCCCCCAAAGUACCCAAAAGUGGCUAAGUAUGGCGACCCACAGCUCUUUAAGUGCUAUAAUGAAUUCAUAACGAAGUUUGAUAAUCAAAAAUGCAACUGCAGUCCUAUUUGCGAAGAAGAGGCUUACGAAGUUAAAGUAAAUCGUAACCCAUGGCCGCAAAGUUGGCAGGCAUCUUCAGUGUCACAUAUCGUCUCGGCGAUGAAAGGAGUAGAAAGUGUGAGUCCAGAUGAGGUUAGAGAAAGGCUGAUCAGGCUCAGUGUCUAUUACGAUGAGAUGACGGAAACAACAUUUGAAGAGAAAGAGAUGUAUGAUCUUUCAGCUUUUACCAGUGACUUAGGGGGGCAAAUGGGCUUGUUUUUGGGAGCUUCGUUGUUAUCUUUAAUUGAAAUUUUUGCUCUUUUGUUCAGCUUUCUUGGUAAUAAAUUUUUUGGCAGCAAUAAAGUAAAGGCGUUUUCGGUGAAAUAAAGUUUUGUUGUCAAAUCGAACUAUCGUGACAAGAACAUCCGUUCUCUCCCUCGAAGAUGCCAAAUCUUAUGUACUCUAUAUUGCUAAAAGUAUGAGCUUGUAAACGUUAUAAUGUUAGAGUUAGCAUUCGCUGUAUAAAAAUGGAUGCAAUGCGGACUUCACACAUUGUUGAAUUAUAUCACUAUUUUUAAGAAAAGAUUAAUUCUACAUUUUUCAUUGGUAACAAUACAAAGGAAAUUAUGUAAUGUCGCGGCUUAUAAUACAGUAGAUACGGUAAGCACACACAAUGUUGAAUUAUACGGCUUUAUUCGAGCUUACACUAUACUUGCUUACACGAGCGUUAUAUGUUGAUGAUAUUUGAUUUGAUUAACUGGACGCCAAAAUUUUUCUAGGAUUGAAAUAAUAUAUUGUCCUACAUGCUGGCCAAUUUGAGUGAUUAAAAAAUUAAUAGAUGCUUUCGAUAAAUUAUUGAUGGUAAUGCAGAAAAUGAAGAUUUUGGCUGUGAAGGUCCUUUCAAAUCAGUAUACGGAAUUGGAUUUGUUGGAUGUCAUAUCUGAACAGAUUGUACCAUAACCCUAGUCCACAGAUGCCAGCUCAGUCAACCAACACCUUGAAAAGUAUAACAUCCAUGUAUAUCCAA